AGGUGGAGUGCCAGUGCACUCAGAACAUGCAAAUUUACAGGAACCACAGCGGACCGAACAUUUUGAAACACAAAUACCAGAAAUAAAAUUAAGCGAACUGCAAAAAGGAUCAUCGGUACAGUUGGAAGCAACAAAUAGACAG